UCUCUCUCUCCUCCAGCUUCGACUUUCAACGCGAUCUCCUUCUGCUCCCUCCUCAUCAUCUCCAACUGCUGCUACUUUCCUUCUUCAACUUUCUCGAGAAAAUCAAACUGAAAAUUAAGGAAGGAAAGUCCCCGCGGCUUUCCCUCGCUCCUCCGCCGCGCCACAUGGCCUCCGACGCCGAGGACGACCGCGAGACCGCCUGGGAGCAAGCCCUCCGCAAAAUGCUCCCCGCCGGCGCCCCGCUCCUCGACGAGGACCAGCUCGACUACUCCAUCGCCGUCGAGUACGACGGCCCCCCGGUGCCCUACGACGUCCCCCGCGUCGAUCCCGUCGAGAUCGCCGAGCCCGUCUCCGGCGCCCGCUCCCCUCCCCUCCUCCCCGCCGAUCUGUCCGCGAUCCCCGUCGCCGCCCCGAUCGCCCCCAGGAUCCUCCCCCGGCUCGGCCGGCCCGGCAACGGCUUCGCCUCCAGGGACUCGCCGGCGGAGAGUCGACGCGCGUCCUCCGCCUCGAGAGCGCGGCUGGAGGGGGCGGAGGAUGGGGACGGGGCCGGGGGCGAGAGCGGGAGCUUGUUCAGCGCGGACGCCAGUGCCCUAGAUGCGACGGACAACGGCGAGGCGGCGGCGGGGGGCGAGAAUGGGGAGCCGAGGCGCGCCGCGGUGGUGACGUUCACGACGCCGAGGGACUCCCAGUACUCGGAGGAAGACGAGGAGGAAGCGAACGAUUUCUCUUCCUCUCCGGUGUCGUCUGCCGCCACCGACUCGCCGGCUGUCGCGAAGAAGACGCCAGGGAAGCGAGGGCGGUGCAGUAGGUGUGGGAAGGGGAACAGAUUUAAGGAGAGGGAGGCGUGCUUGGUUUGCGACGCACGGUAUUGCGGAAAUUGCCUUUUGAAGGCCAUGGGAUCAAUGCCGGAAGGUAGGAAGUGCGUGAGUUGCAUUGGGAAGCCGAUUGACGAAGCGAAGCGGUCCGGUUUGGGGAAGUGUUCAAGGAUUUUGGCGCGGGUGUGUAGUCCACUGGAGGUCACGCAGAUAAUGAAGGCAGAGAGAGAGUGUGCAGCGAACCAGUUGCGGCCUGAGCAGCUUGUGGUGAAUGGGAGGCAGUUGAGGCAAGAGGAACUGGCUGAGAUUCUUGGGUGUCCGAUUCCGCCGCAGAAAUUGAAGCCUGGGAAGUAUUGGUAUGAUAAGGAUUUAGGGUUAUGGGGAAAGGAAGGGGAGAAACCUGACCGGAUAAUAAGUUCCAAACUUAAUGUCGGGGGCAAGCUCCGGGUAAAUGCAAGCGACGGGAAUACGAAGGUUUAUAUAAAUGGGCGUGAAAUUACAAAGGUUGAGCUGAGGGUUUUGAAGCUGGCCAAUGUGCAGUGUCCUCGUGAUACUCAUUUUUGGGUGUACGAUGAUGGUUCUUAUGAGGAAGAAGGUCAAAAUAAUAUAAAAGGAAACAUAUGGGGAAAGGCGUCUACUCGUUUCAUUUGUUCGCUGUUUUCGUUACCUGUACCACCUGCAAAUCCUCAUGGGACUAAGGAAGAUCCAACGACCUACUCAAGUAGAUCAGUGCCGGAAUAUUUGGAACAGGGAAGAGUUCAGAAACUGCUGUUGUUUGGGAUGGAGGGAUCAGGAACAAGCACCAUCUUUAAGCAGGCUAAAUUUUUGUAUGGGAAUAAGUUUACUCCUGACGAGCUGCAAAAUAUUAAGCUUAUGAUUCAAAGCAAUAUGUACAAAUAUCUCAGCAUACUACUUGAAGGCCGAGAACGGUUUGAAGAGGAAGCUUUGAUGGAGAGAGAAGAUGCUACCAGUGAAACCGAAGAGUCUGCAUCAGGUGAGGAGGGAGUUCAUGAAAGCCAGCGAUGCAUUUACUACAUCAACCCGAGGUGUAAACACUUCUCUGACUGGUUACUGGAAAUCAUGGCAACUGGAGACUUGGAUGCAUUCUUUCCUGCUGCAACACGUGAAUACGCACCUAUUGUUGAUGAGGUCUGGAGAGACCCUGCCAUGCAGGAAACAUACAAGAGACGGGAGGAGCUAAAUUCUCUUCCUGAUGUUGCAAAAUACUUUUUAGAUCGGGCCGUUGAGAUAUCAAGCAACGAGUAUGAACCUUCUGAAAAGGAUAUCUUAUAUGCUGAAGGGGUCACACCAAGCAACGGACUCACCUUUAUUGAUUUCUCGUUUGAUGAUAGAAGUCCCAUGUCUGAAUUGUACAGUGAAAACUUUGAAGGGCCCCCAUCCAUGACAAAGUACCAACUGAUUCGGGUAAACUCCAAAGGACUUAAUGAGGGUUGUAAAUGGCUGGAAAUGUUUGAAGACGUGAGAGCGGUGAUCUUCUGCAUCGCAUUGAGUGACUAUGAUCAAAUGUGGGCCCAAGGUGCUGGUCCUCCCUGUAACAAAAUGAUGGCAAGCCGAAAUUUAUUCGAGAGUCUAGUGAUGCACCCUUCAUUCAUAGACACUCCUUUCGUGCUCCUUCUGAACAAGUACGAUGCUUUUGAAGACAAGAUAAUCCAUUCUCCCUUAUCGACUUGUGAAUGGUUUACCAAUUUCAGCCCCGUAAAGCCCAACCACAAUGGUCAGGCACUGGCUCAGCAAGCGUACUUCUUCGUGGCAAUGAAGUUCAAGGAGCUGUAUUAUUCAUUGAGUGGCAGAAAGUUGUUUGUGUGGCAGACCAGAGCUCGGGACCGUACUUCCGUUGAUGAGGCAUUCAGAUAUAUAAGAGAGGUGCUUAAAUGGGAUGAAGAGAAGGAUGCCAACAUGUACGGGCUUGGGGGAGAUGAGUCGUUCUACAGCACAGAAAUGAGUUACUCUCCUUAUAUUAGGCAAGAAUAAGCAUCGGAUCUAAUGUGAGUCUGCGACAGAAUCUGGUGCAAGUCGCAAACCAAUGGAAGCACAGAGCCGGUUAGCCCUCUGUGAUGGACCAUGCAAAGUCGUGAACAGAGUGCCAAGUGAAAGAAGAGGGAUGCGAUUUUGCCGCUCCGAAGAGAAACUGAUGACUGAGCCGCUUGCCUGAAAGGCGGAUCGACGAGUGAUUUAUACAUGGGAGUUGCAUACUGACGAGCGAGUUGUAUUUUUGGGUGAUGUGUUCGAAUUUGUAUAGCAUUUAUUUCCCGGCGUGAAUAAAGCCAGUGUAGAUGGUUGUCGUGAGAUUUUGAUGUAAAUGUUUGGUGAAUUGAGUGUUAGCGGUAGAAAACAAUUUCGAUUUGGCCCCUCCCAACUCAGGUUGGUCAUCUGUAACAUCUGCACGAGAACUUUUGACGUUGAGAGGGCGUCUGAUUUUUUUUUCUAAAUCUCUAAACAAAGAUUGUUUUCUGGUUACAA